AUGAGGCUCUUUCUUUUACUUUCUUUCAGUACUCUAAUGUUACUUGAAGGAUACAUGUUUACCUAUGAAACUGAUAAGCAAACGUUGCUCGAGUUCAAGUCUCAAGUAUCUAAAGGCAAAAGGGCUGUUCUGUCCUCAUGGAACAACUCAUUCCCUCUCUGCAAAUGGACAUGGGUUAAAUGUGGCAAGAAACACAAAAGGGUUACUGGUCUGAACCUCGGAGGAUUGCAAUUAGGUGGGGUGAUAUCGCCAUCUAUCGGUAAUCUUUCGUUUCUCAUAUCACUUAAUCUCACUAGUAACGGUUUUGGUGGUACCAUCCCUCAAGAGUUGGGAAGCUUGUUUAGGCUUAAACACCUAUUUAUGUCAUUUAAUUUUCUCAAAGGAGAGAUUCCAACUAGCCUGUUUAACUGCUCUAGAUUGGUGGAACUUCAUUUACACUCAAACUCUCUUUCACAAGUUGUUCCUUGGGAACUAGGGUCAUUGAGGAAACUUGUUUUGUUAGAUCUUGGUCGAAACAACCUUAAAGGAAAGUUUCCUGCAUCUCUAGGAAACUUGACUUCCCUCGAAGAACUUAGCUUUGUAGCAAACAUUAUGGAAGGAGAAAUUCCUAAUGAUAUAGCUAGAUUGGCUAACAUGGUGGAUCUUCAGUUAGCAACAAACAAUUUCUCAGGUGUUUUUCCUCAGGCAAUUUACAAUAUGUCAUUGCUUGAGAAUUUAAACAUCAUUGAUAAUGGUUUCUUUGGGAGCUUGAGGUCUGAUAUUGGUAACUUAUUACCACACCUUCAAGGGUUAUUUAUCGGAAAUAAUUCUUUCUCUGGCGCAAUUCCAGCAACACUUCCAAACAUCUCAAAUCUUCAAAAUUUGGGAAUGGAGAUUAAUAGUCUGACAGGAAGUAUUCCUCCAAGCUUUGGAAAAUUACGAGAUUUACAACUCCUGUCACUUCAUACUAAUUCUUUUGGAAGUCACUCUUUUCAAGAUCUUGAGUUUUUUGGAGCUUUAAGUAACUGCACCCAACUGAGUGAAUUACUUGUAGCUUACAAUAGGCUUGCGGGUGACUUGUCUACCUCUAUAGCUAAUUUAUCUACGAACAUCAACAUAUUAGAACUUCAGUCGAAUUUCAUCUCUGGAAGCAUUCCUCACGACAAUGGAAAUCUCAUAAACCUAAAUAUACUUUCCUUGGGAAACAAUCUAUUGACAGGAGCCCUCCCAACCUCUCUUGGAAAGCUUUCAGGAUUAGAAGAAUUCAGUGUCGGGUCAAAUAAAAUGUCAGGAGAAAUACCAUCCUCUUUAGGCAACAUCACGCGAUUAGAAAGUCUCUGGUUGUUUAACAAUAGCUUUGAAGGAAGCAUUCCUCCUAGCAUUGGUAAAUGUAGUCAUCUGCUGUAUUUUUAUCUUCAAGAUAAUAAGCUGGAUGGGACUAUACCUCAGGAGAUCAUGCAAAUUGCGCCGCUUGUUUUACUAAACAUGUCAAAUAACUUAUUGACCGGCUCUCUGCCAGAAACUGUUGGAAGCCUUGAACAUCUUGGCACACUUUCUGUUGCGCACAAUAGACUAUCAGGGAAACUCCCAGAGACUUUAGGAAAGUGUCUCUUGAUGGUACAACUUGAUCUACAAGGAAAUUCUUUUGAUGGAACCAUUCCAGACAUAAGUGGGUUGCUGGGUAUUAAAGAAGUUGAUUUUUCAAACAAUAAUCUCUCUGGAAGCAUACCUGGGUAUUUUGCAAAUUUCAGCUCAUUGGAACAUCUCAAUCUAUCCAUUAACAACUUCGAGGGAAAAGUUCCAACAGAAGGAAAGUUUAAGAAUGCUACUAUAGUUUCAGUUUCUGGAAACAUAAACCUAUGUGGAGGCGUCUUGGAGUUGAAACUAAAGCCAUGCAAGCAUUCCUCUUUCUCGAAGAAAGUUUUGAUUGGAAUAAGCGUAGGCGUAUCUGCGCUUUUGGUGUUAUUCAUAGCUUUUGUUUCUCUUUGCUGGUUCAGAAACAGAAAGAGGAAUAAGACCAAUGAAGCAUCUCCUUCCACCUUGGGCACUUUCCAUGAACAAAUAAGCUAUGGAGAUCUUCGAAAUGCGACAAAUGGUUUCUCUUCGAGUAAUUUGGUUGGUUCAGGCUGUUUUGGUACUGUUUUUAAAGCAUUGAUUCCUCCAGAGAACAAGGUUGUUGCAGUGAAAGUUUUAAACUUGCAGCAACGUGGAGCUUUGAAGAGUUUUAUGGCAGAGUGUGAAUCUUUGAAAAAUGUAAGGCAUCGUAAUCUUGUCAAAUUGUUGACGGCUUGCUCAAGUAUUGAUUUCCAAGGAAAUCAAUUCAGAGCAUUAAUCUACGAGUUCAUGCCAAAUGGAAGCUUGGAUAUGUGGUUGCAUCCGGAUGAAGUGGAAGAGAUUCGUAGACCCUCUAGAACUUUGACAUUACUUGAAAGACUUAACAUAGCAAUAGACGUGGCUUAUGUUUUGGAUUAUCUUCAUAUUCAUUCCCAUGAAGCUAUAGCUCAUUGUGAUCUUAAGCCAAGCAACGUCCUUCUAGAUGAAGAUCUAACUGCACAUGUCAGCGACUUUGGUCUGGCUCAGAUCCUCCUCAAAUUCGACCAGGAAUACUUUCUCAAUCAGCUUAGUUCGGCCGGUGUCAGAGGAACCAUUGGCUACGCUGCACCAGAAUAUGGAAUGGGUGGGCAAGUAUCAACACACGGUGAUAUGUAUAGCUUUGGGAUUCUACUUUUGGAAAUGUUCAGUGGAAAGCGACCAACCAAUGAGUUGUUUGGAGGAAACUUUACGCUCUACAGCUAUAUUGAAUCUGCGUUGCCAGGACGAGUGUUGGAUGUCGCAGAUGAAGCGGUUCUUCAUAACGGCCUUAGAAUCGGAUUCCCUGUUGCCGACUGCUUGAAACUAGUUUUUGAGGUGGGACUUAGGUGUUGUGAAGAAUAUCCAGUGAACCGAUUGGCAAUGGGUGAAGCUUUAAAAGAGUUAAUCACAAUUAGAGAGAAGUUCUUCAGAUCCAAAAGAAGAGCUAGGCAUUGA